ACAAUGGCAGCCACAGUCAGACGGCAGAGGCCACGGAGGCCAGCCUGUUGGGUCUUGGUGACUGUGCUCUUGGCAGACCUGUUGGCACUGAGUGAGACGCUGGCAGUCAUGUCUGUGGACUUGGGCAGCGAGUCCAUGAAGGUGGCCAUCGUCAAGCCUGGAGUGCCCAUGGAAAUUGUCUUGAACAAGGAAUCGCGGAGGAAAACCCCAGUAACUGUAACCCUGAAAGAAAAUGAAAGGUUUCUUGGCGACAGUGCAGCAAGCAUGGCCAUCAAGAAUCCAAAGGCUACACUGCGUUACUUCCAGCCCCUCCUAGGGAAGCAAGCAGAUAACCCCCACGUGGCCCUUUACCGGGCCCGGUUCCCUGAGCACGAGCUGGCUGUGGACCCACAGAGGCAGACUGUGCACUUCCAGAUGAGCCCGCAGCUGCAGUUCUCACCUGAGGAGGUGCUGGCCAUGAUUCUCAAUUACUCCCGUUCCCUGGCUGAAGAUUUUGCAGAGCAGCCCAUCAAGGACGCAGUGAUCACUGUGCCAGCCUUCUUCAACCAGGCUGAGCGCCGGGCCGUUCUGCAGGCGGCCCGCAUGGCCGGCCUCAAGGUGCUGCAGCUCAUCAACGACAACACCGCCACCGCGCUCAGCUACGGCGUCUUCCGCAGGAAGGAUAUCAAUGCCACCGCCCAGAAUGUCAUGUUCUACGACAUGGGCUCAGGCAGCACCGUGUGCACCAUUGUCACCUACCAGACAGUGAAGACCAAGGAGGCAGGGCUGCAGCCUCAGCUGCAGAUCCGGGGAGUGGGGUUUGACCGCACCCUGGGGGGCCUGGAGAUGGAGAUCCGACUGCGGGAGCAUCUGGCCGGGCUUUUCAAUGAGCAGCGGAAGGGCCACGGCUCAAAGGACGUACGAGCGAACCCCCGUGCCAUGGCCAAGCUGCUGCGUGAAGCCAAUAGGGUCAAGACGGUCCUGAGUGCCAACGCUGACCACAUGGCUCAGAUCGAGGGCCUGAUGGACGAUGUGGACUUCAAAGCCAAGGUGACUCGAGCGGAGUUUGAGGAGCUGUGCGCAGACCUGUUUGAGCGGGUGCCCGGGCCUGUGCAACAGGCGCUGCAGAGUGCGGAGAUGGGUCUGGAUGAGAUUGAGCAGGUGAUCCUGGUGGGGGGAGCCACGCGGGUACCCAAGGUGCAGGAGGUGCUGCUGAAAGCUGUGGGCAAGGAGGAGCUGGGGAAGAACAUCAACGCGGACGAGGCUGCCGCCAUGGGGGCUGUGUACCAGGCAGCGGCACUCAGCAAAGCCUUCAAGGUGAAGCCCUUCGUCGUCCGGGACGCCGUGAUCUACCCCAUCCUGGUGGAGUUCACGAGAGAGAUGGAGGAGGAGACGGGGGCUCGCAGCCUGAAGCACAAUAAGCGUGUGCUCUUCUCCCGCAUGGGACCCUACCCACAACGCAAGGUCAUCACCUUCAACCGCUACAGCCAGGACUUCAACUUCUACAUCAACUAUGGCGACCUGGGCUUCCUGGGGCCCGAGGAUCUUCGGGUCUUUGGCUCCCAGAACCUGACCACCGUGGCGCUGAAAGGUGUGGGCGAGAGCUUCAAGAAGUAUCCCGACUACGAGUCCAAGGGCAUCAAGGCGCACUUCAACCUGGACGAGAGUGGUGUGCUGAGCCUGGACAGGGUGGAGACCGUAUUUGAGACGCUGGUGGAGGAGAGUCCAGAAGAGGAGUCCACGCUCACCAAACUGGGCAACACCAUUUCCAGCCUGUUUGGAGGUGGUACCACGCCAGAGGCCAAGGAAAAUGGGACCGAGACAGUCCAGGAGGAAGAGGAAGGCCCUGCUGAAGGGAGCAAGGAAGAGGCCGGGAAGCAGGCAGAGGUGAAGGAGGAAGCUGAGGCCCUGUCGGAGGAUCCCUCUCAGCCCCCACCCCCUGAGGGGAAGGCACCCCCCGCUGGAGAAAAGGUUGCAGAAAAAGAAGAUGGGGAGCAGUCGGAGGCCAAGAAGCCAGGUGAAAAGGGAGAGGCGGGCCCUGAGAGCGACCCACCCACCCCAGAGGAAGGGAAGAAGCCCAAGCCGGCCCGGAAGCAGAGAGUGGUGGAGGAGAUAGGGGUGGAGUUGUCCAUCCUGGAUCUGGUGGACUUGCCAGAGGAUAUGAUUGCUCAUUCCAUACAAAAAGGGGCCCGGCUCCUCCCGGAGAUGGACCAGGUCUUCACCCAGGUGGAAAUGGCAACGCUGGAGAACGUCAUCAACGAGACCUGGGCCUGGAAGAACACGACUGUGGCUGAGCAGGCCAAGCUGCCCGCCACAGAGAAGCCCGUGUUGCUCUCAAAGGACAUCGAGGCCAAGAUGAUGGCCCUGGACCGCGAAGUGCAGUAUCUGCUCAAUAAGGCCAAGUUUGCCAAGCCUCGGCCCCGGCCCAAGGACAAGAAUGGGACCCGGGCAGAGCCUCCCAUCAACGCCAGUGCUGGGGACCAGGGAGAGAAGGUCAUCCCGCCACCAGACCAGACUGAAGACGCAAAGCCCAUUCCAGAGCCCGAGCAGGUAGAGACAGGAACGGAAUCGACCGAUGCUGAGCCUCUGGAGUUAGAAGGUCCAGGAGCAGAAUCCGAGCAGAAAGAGCAGCCAGGGGAGCAGCAGCGGACUAAGAAGAACGACGAGCUAUAACCCCACCUCCUCCGUUUCCCAUCUCCCAUACCCUCUUCUCCCACCACCUCUAUUUAUUAAACACUGAGGGUGGGGGAGAGGAGGGACCUGCCCCAGGGUCUCCAGCCCUUCUGUCACCUAUGGAUGGA